CUUUCUUUCAGUCAUAGCUUCGCUCUCGCUACACUCACCUGUUCCCCCUUUUUAACUUUAGUCCAACGUUUUUGUUAAAUUUAGUUGCCGCGUCCAACUUUUGAGCAAACCGAAUUGCAACAACAAUAACCAGGGCCUGUUUUGCGCGCGAUUUUCGAACACUUCGAAUAAUACCCAAAUCCCAUUUGACCCGUCUUGAUUUUGUUUCCCCGUUGACCACCGUACAAACAGCUUCCGAGUUUGUGCGAGGCCCCCAUGGCAGCUAGUAAACUCUCCUCCAAGCAGACCACACUUUUUGAGUCGAAAUGUGCGAAGAUCUCUGCCUUCUAUUUUGACUUGGACAACACUCUGAUCCCCACCAGAGCCGGCGACUCCAAAGCCAUACGCAAGCUCUCAGAUCUACUCGAGUCGCAGUACCAUUUCAGCAAAGAUGAUGCCUUGCUUUCCACGCAGACCUUUCUGAAAUCCUUCCGCCGCUGUCCGGACAACACGCAGACCUCGCUGGACUCGUGGCGCACCCACCUGUGGCGGGAGUCGCUGCCGCCCAAGUACAAGCACUUCGCCGAUGAGAUCUAUCCGCAGUGGUUGCGGCUGCGGUACCGCUACCUGGCCGUCCCAGCGGACUAUGUGCAGCUGCUGACGCGAAUGCGUCGGGCCGGCUAUGCCCUGGCCCUCAUCACGAACGGCCCCUCGAACGCCCAGUGGGAGAAGGUGGCCCGCCUGAAUGUGCGCGGCUACUUUGACUGCGUGUUGGUCUCCUCGGAUCUGCCCUGGGAGAAGCCGCAUCCGGAGAUCUUCUAUGCGGCCUGUAAUUUCCUCAAUGUCAAGCCACACGAGUGCGCCAUGAUCGGCGACAAGCUGGAGACGGAUAUCAAGGGAGGUCAUCUGGCCCAGCUCGGCCUCACCUUCUGGACGCCGCUGAGCAGCAGCAGCUCGGCGGCCCAGUCCCUGGACGAUGUCGAGUACAAGCCGCACCACAAGCUCAACCAGUUGUUGGAGCUGUACAAAUACUUUCCCCGUCUCAAUGCCGUGGCACAGCCCGACGCUCCAUCCACAUCCAGCCGCCGCAGUAGUUACCUAAGUGGCGGUUUGACUGGUGCCAGCGGAAGCGGGAGCGGAUGCUCGUCUAGCACGAGCAGCCAGAGGAGCCAGCCGGAGAAGCGGCAGGCGGCCUAUCGCCGUGGCGGAUCCUUGCCGGCCAUGGACUGCUCAAACAGCGAGGCGGAGAACAGUUGCGACAGCUUCCUUUAAGGGAGAACCUGACAAGCCGAGAUUGAGUCUCGACGGAGGGCGGAACUGGCGCACCGCGCCUUGCCUCGCCUCGCCUCGCCAUUGGUGGCAAAUGUACCUUCAGUUUACAAAACUAUAGCUAAAAAGGAAAUAGGAAAUAGAGAGACGGCAGCCAAUAAUAAUCAUGGAGAAAACCAAACGAUGGAAGAUGAGAACGAAGAGUAUGGAUAAUUAAUAAAUUGAUGCUGAUGAGAGAAGAGGACAACCAGGCACACGGGAACCGAAUGCAGGAAUUUAAAGUUCAACUAUUAGAUGGGAGGACCCGAGAACUACGGCGAAUCUCGUUUAUCUGCCAUUAAAACUAAAGUUAAGGCCAGAACAGAAUCAGAAAUACACACACAAAAUAAUACACU